AUGACCAAACUGUCUACCCUUAUCCAACAAGGUUUAACACAAAAGGAGACAGACUACUUGACUAGAUUUGACUGCAAAACCAGUAACUUCUAUGGACUUCCCAAAAUCUACAAAAGUGAGGCCAUAAACGAAGCCUGUAACAAGUCAACCUCUACAGUCAUAAACAUUCCACACCUGAGAGAUCUCAAAAUGAGACCAAUUGUGGCCAGUCUCUCUUGCGAGACACACAGACUCUGUAAUUUUAUUGACAUCCUCUUCAAACCUAUUCUCCAACAUAUACUGAGCUUUAUACAGGAUGAUCUGGACUUUUUAAACCAUCUCCCGAACAAAACCAGCAAAGACAACCUCCUGGUUUCAUUCGAUGUAAUAAACCUCUACACCUCGAUUCCUCACGAAUACGGAAUAAUAGCCAUACAAUACUGGCUGGAAAAAUUCCCAAAUGACAUUCCUGACAGAAUCAGAAAAGAAUUCAUCAUUGAAGGAAUAAGGUUCAUUCUACAGAACAACUUCUUCAAUUUCAACGAAAACACUUAUAGACAAAAAUCAGGCACGGCGAUGGGAACGAGGGUAGCGCCUACUUUUGCCAACCUUGUCAUGGCAUACUUGGAAGUCCAAAUAUCCGAACACGCAAGAUUAAAAUUUGGGGAAAAUUUCCAAAAAUACCUACUUACCAACUGGAAAUGCUACCUGGAUGAUUGUUUCAUCCUUUGGCUACAUAACAUUGAACAACUCACAGAAUUUAAAAACUUAAUCAACAGCAUUAACCACAUAUGA